AUGGCCGACAAUCUAAUAAACCUUCUCGAAUCUCGGGUUCCUGGGAUCGCAGAAGACGAAGCUGAUAUUCACCAACUAUUGCAGUCGCUCGUCCGACAGCACCUCGAAGAAGUGCUCGAUACCAAAGAGCUCCCACUUCCCGAUGAACCGCUGGGACUGGAGACAUGUCAACUCAUGGCGCGACGUGUAGGCGAGGGCCUCCGGCAGGAUGGCGACGUUCUUGCUGCAGAGCUGUUGCAAGCGGUAUUACCGCUUAGUAAGACCUCGAUAGAAGACGACGUCGAGCAUAUCAACGACUUCCUACAGCGGCAAGCUGCGUUGGUGAAACAUGAUUUCUCGCCCCUGCUUCUUCAACCCCGUGAAUCCAACCAGGGGUCUAAUCCGACCGUCGGAAUCCCCUCUUGGGUGACCGGCUACAGCGGCUUGGACCAUGCCGAGUGGGACUUGGGAAACCAACAGGCGUUGCCCCAAUUCAUCAUCAGUUUCGAGGGCGGACUUAUCAAAACAGAUCUAGAUGUCGUUGGCAAGAUUGAAAAGAUACACUACCUUGAUACAGAGGAUUCCGGAGAGGUGACAGGCGUGGAAUGGGCCAUUGGGGUUCUAGGCUCGCUGAACGGCGUAGAUGCUGGCAUCAGAAAUUUGUCCGCCAGGGAGCUAGUCGACGGUCUCAAUCGCAUCUUUCCGUUCGACAGCUUGCACACGAAAUGUGCCCAGCUCCUAGCGGGUGUGGUAUACACGCUGGAGGGACGCCAAAGUCAAGACAACAGGUUCAAGUCGAAAGUGGAGAAGUGUCUCGCGGAGUACUUUGCUGCACCCUCGAUGAGCUCCCAACGACAAUACGUAGCGCAGAAGCUAACCCGGCUCCUCAAAUACGACACGCACAUCAUGCGAGUUAGAUCGGCCGAAAUUACCAGACUUACCACGUCGAGACAUAUCGCGCGUUCGGGACGCCAGAGGGGGGCUGUCAAUGGUGAACCGAUAUGCGAAGUGCGGUGUCUGGGAUUGGAGAUACAGUAUAUAGAAUUCCUGGUCUCUCAUACUCCGGAACCACGGAGGAUGGCGUGGGCUUGGUCUUGA